GGGAGGACCAGAAAGUGGACCGACGCCCCGACGCGGGCUUCGACUGGACUGGCGGGUUCAAACAUAGGAAUGUUAUCACCUCGCUAUGUGAAUUAGGGAUGCCUACGCGUCGAACGAGUGCACCGUGGCCUUUGUAUACGUGUAUGUCUAGUCUGUUCCUUCGAAGAAUGUUCUACGAACAUUCGAUCUUCGUUGCACGCAUCUGUGCUGAUCGUCCCGUGCAAAAUGAACGCAUGUAACCAACAUUCGUGACGUUGGCGCCAAACUUCGUGACCUCAAUGCGUAACCUUCUGAGGGAUAUUCACAUCUUAUAUUCAAUCUACAUCUCCAAUAUAUCCCUAUCUACAUUGAUAAACACCACUGGAAGUGCAGUGCGGUGAACGCCGACAGAGUCAGUGGUGGCAGUAUUGGUGUCCUGGUUGAUCAUCUUUAAAGUGGACAAUGAACAAGCGGCGGGGCACAGCACUGGAGAGCUACAAGCCGCUUGAAAACAAAAAGUUCUAUCUGGAUUUCAGGACGUAUCGUCCAAAUAACCACUUUUUAAGUGAUCUCAAGAGCCUUGGAGCUCUUGUAGAGCCCUUUUUCGGCCGAGAAAUAGCGUACGUCAUCACAGACAGACCCGACUACAAGAAUGUGCCGACAGCUCAGAAACCCAACUCUGUGGACUCCAGUGGACCUACGACCAGUCCACCAUUUUCAAGCGGCUUUCUGGUUGAGUCACCAGGCACCUCAGCUUCUCCGAGUCCCGAGCUGAAGACCAAUCUUCGUACGGCCCGGGCACAGUCUUUGCUCGAUCGUGUGGUGAAGCCAAAGCCUGGUCCGACAGAUAUCCUAGAACUAUGUCACCAGUGGCAGAUCAAAGUGCUGUUUGUAAAGAAUGUGCUUAUGUGGAUCCAGCAGUUGAAGCAGAACUGUCUCUUUCCUGAUUCUAAAGUUGGAAAGGAACAUUUCAAAGCAAAGGCAAGAAAUGACACACCACAGAGGUUAUUACCCCCUUUUGUCAAGGUGGAAGAUAAUAGCUGCUUGUACAAACCUUUGUGUAGAAGUCUGAAGCGGUGGCCAGACAUUGAAAUAGACAGACCUCCAGCUACAACAGUUUGUGCUCCACCUAUACAGCCGAGUCCUGCAAAGCAACUGGGCAGCGUACUUGCAGUGAAAAGUCGUUGUCCUGAUCUUGACGCUGCACGACUGCCACCUAAGGAGCCACCGAAGGCCAGAGUCGUGGAGCAAAAGAAGUACAACUGUGAAAUAUGCAGCUGCUCCUACACAUGCCUUAGAAAGCACUUGGAAUCAAACGCACACCAGGCAUUCAUGCAGACCACGGCAAACUUCACGGCGCUUGGUCAGCUCAUUGCUUCGCUGUCGUGCAGUGCCACUGGAAGCUGUGGCCUGCCAUUGGGGUGUUCGAGCGGUCACACGCCCCUGCCGAACAGCUCGGGUGACAACAGACUGCGCGUGCUGUCGGUUAAGACGGACAAUUCAAACGUCGUGACACAGUCCACGUACUGCGGCUGCGUGUCGGAUGUGAAGCACAUUAAGGUUGUGAAGCAGGGCACUUCCAAACGGCUCCUGGCACCACCGAGGAAGCUGGGAAGAUCUACCAGCCUCCCAGUGAAACGUAGUGCAUUGCAGAACAGCGCUGCGUUCUCCUGCUCGCCUUCGCCGAAGGCCUGGAGAAGCGAAGAUUGCGACGUCAACCCGGACGACCACAUGGUGCCCCCGAGUACCGUGACUGAGGACGAUGACGAGAAGGAAAACCUUCUGGGAAGUCUGCCGAUGGACCAAGGGUUUGCCAACACGCUCGAGGAAUUCAGCGUGGCCGUGCCGGCGACAAAAGCAACAACGGCGGGCAAGCCGCUUUCGGAACCAGAGGGCCUAGCGCUACAGCUUGUAGCUCAGUCGAAGGCCGACUCGGACGCAUCGACCCUCGAGUAUUCUUGGACAGAUGUUGCAAGCGGGUUUGCAGUCGAUGCGGGCUUCAUGGUGCAGCGGAACACGCAGUCGGACGUCGAGAGCUCGUAUCAGCGCUGGGUCUCCACCGCUGGGGACCCCAUCCUGCCGGAGGGCGCGGCAAACGAGACGCAGUUGGCGGACAGCCAAGAGACCUUGACAAUGUGCAAUCCGUGCGAGGGCUGUAGCUUUACGUCAGAGGAGUCGUCGUGCUUUUGAACUGCUAAUUGUUAACGGCCGGAAAUAUAGGCUCCUCUCUGUACACAGCUGUCCACGUUGCGGAGAGGCAAUACAGUCAUCUCUUCCCUCAGACUCGGGUGUAAGUUAGUAGUAACAAAAAAUGUGUAACUCGUUCUAUUACCUUGGAGCCCCAAAGUACACUUUGUGGUGGGCUAAUGUAAAUUUUGUCAGGGUCAUUUUUCGUCAUUAAAUGCGCAUUUAAUUUAUUUCAUAGCCAUCUUGAGGGCACUACCUUUGGGGCUCUCUGUAAAGCUUCGGGUUUUUCUUUUUUUUUUCUGUCUAGGUAUUGAGCCUUUGCAGUGUAAUAACUUUUUACACAUACUCACUUGACAGUAACAUUUGCAUUUCAUGUGUGCUUGUGUCAAAUAAACUUGCAGUAUUUUGUGA